GUGCGUCCCGGGGCAAGUAAACACUUCCGCUGUACCGAGAUGGACUCAAACAAGGACGAAGCGGAGCGGUGCAUUAAAAUAGCCCUAAUUUCAGUCAGCAACAACCAGCCGGACAAAGCGCGGAAGUUCCUGGAGAAAGCACAGCGGCUGUUUCCGACAGACAAGGCGAAAAACUUGCUGGAGCUGCUGGCUCAGAAAGGAAAGCCUCCGGAGGAGAAUGGCGGUCCUGCGAACGCAGACGGACCCACUAUGAGACACCGAAGCAGCCACGGAGAGGAGCCCAAUGUGUCCGCACAGGGGGCCACCGAUUCGGGAAAACCGUACACGGCCGAUCAGCUCGACGCUGUCAAAAAGAUUAAGAGUUGUAAAGAUUAUUACCAAAUUCUGGGGGUUGAAAAGACGGCCUCUGAGGAGGAUCUUAAAAAAGCUUACAGAAAGCUCGCUCUAAAAUUUCAUCCGGAUAAAAAUCACGCGCCUGGAGCCACGGAUGCAUUUAAAGCUAUUGGUAAUGCUUAUGCUUUGCUGAGUAACACUGAAAAACGAAGGCAGUAUGACCAGUAUGGAGAGGAACCAUCACACCCAACCAGGCAGAGAAACCACCGGGAUUUUGAAGCCGACAUCUCACCUGAGGACCUCUUCAACAUGUUCUUUGGUGGAGGCUUUCCAUCAAGUAAUGUCCACGUUUACAGAAAUGGAAGAAUGCAUUUUGCACACCAAAAUAGGCCAGAAAGACGAGAACAGCAGAGAGAGGGAGGUCUGGCUCUGUUUGUCCAGCUGAUGCCCAUCUUAAUCCUCAUCAUUGUUUCUGCUCUUAGCCAAAUGAUGGUCACCCAGCCUCCCUACAGCCUUAGCUACCGUCCCUCAGCUGGACAUAUUCACAAAAGGCAUACAUCAAACCUGAAGGUGCUUUUCUAUGUGGGAGAUCGCUUCAAUGAAGAAUUCUCUGGAAACAACAUGAAGAAUGUUGAGAGAAGUGUCGAAGAAGACUACAUCUCCAACCUCAGAAACAACUGUUGGAAGGAGAAGCAGCAGAAGGAGGGCCUGCUGUACCGUGCUCGUUACUUUGGGGAUUCCGAGUUGUACCAAAGGGCACAGAGAAUGGGGACUCCCAGCUGUUCCAGACUAUCUGAGAUUCAGGUUCUAUUGGAUGGCUAGAAACCCCUCGUGCACGCACGGGUUUCUCGGUACUUGAAUCAUUAGAAGAAAUCGGUCGGAGCCCACUGAAAUUGGAGCAUAUUUCUGCAGCAAACCAAGAGAAUAAAAAAUGCCUUACGUGCAGUGGGCAGCAAACCUGAUCAUGGAACCUCUCUGCGACUUGUCGUAGAUUGACUUCCUGUACAUUUAUGAGAAGCAUUGAGUUGACCGCUGACGUUUUCUCACUCUGGUCUCUUCAUUAUGGUGAGAGUCCGCUGGGCGUCACCGUGGAAAGUAAGAGCAUAGUUGUCUGUCCGGACGGUAAACAAAGCUGCUAAGAUUAGUUUUCUCUGUCCCAGUCUUUUUUGUUGUCCUUAAUCAUUUUUGAGAAACCAUAUGGCCUUCUCAUAGACAAAUGUCUGAGCCACUCACAAGGAAAGUGUAAUUUUUAUAGUUCUUAACCAAUGUAAAUAUUCAUUUUCUUUUAACAGUGCAGGGUUUAUUGGAGUUGAUAUCAUCUACUAUUGUUUUUUUGUGGAUUCGCUUGUAGCCUGUUGGAAGUAUUGAAUUGUUGCACAAAUAAAAGUAAACCAUAUUUAUUAAAUUAACAUGCUAAAAUUGUAUAAGAUUUUUUUUUGAAUUAAACUUGUCCGAUGGUUAA